AUGACUCCCACUGAACGCCCUUGGAAACAGUCAACAGCCGGAGCACGUUGCGUUUCGAAUGUCCAUCUCUACGAGACUCAAGAACCUCGUCCUUGUAUCCAAUCCUACCCUUACAGGUCCUUAAAACUCCAACUCACAACUGCGUCUCAACCGGCAAGCCAAGACCAAUCGUCAGGCAAGCACACGCCGGAAGAUUUCGACCAUGGAUUGUCGCAACCAAACAUCCGUUCAACAAGAACGUUGAACACCGAUCAUUGCAUUUGGAGUAACAUCCAACAGGGCGCUCGUCAUUGGACCGAAUACUGCCUCACUCGCUCAGCCCGCAAGGUCCACAAGCAUGCACGAAGUCCACAAUCCUACUGCCUCUCGCUCCAACAAUCCCACCUUAACCCAAACCCUGUUACUCAAAGGCCGAAGAUCUACCUUCCCCUCCCAACUAGUUGA